AACUGUUUGAGACUUCUUAUUUUCAAUAUUAUGCGACUCCUUGGUCAAAAUGGUAAGAUUAACUUUGACCUCUGACCUAAUCUGACUGCUAUUAAGGUCAUGUGACUUUUUGGUUUCUGGACGAUAAGUAUAUAUUCAGCUUUGAGAUACUGCCUUCAUAUUUGGUACUCACAGCUUUAUGAUUAAGGUCAAGUUUGAUUGUGUGUAUAUUAGCCUUUAGGGUCAGUGUUAAAGAACCACAGUGAGUGGGGUACAUCUAUAAAUCACUAGCAUUUCAGUGUCCACUACAAUCCAAUUAAAGACUUAUAUCUCUCAAAGUUCAUGUUUCACAAACUUGAAACACUACAGGUGUAAUUACACACCCUUGAAGAAGCUGUUUGGUGGUUUGUUGCUAUUCAAUAUUUGAAUGAUCCUUAUAUUGCUUCAUUUGUUUUCUUCACAUUUAAUAUUUAUUUGUUUGCUUAGUUUCUAAGACCUGAAAAAUCUCAUGGCUAUCCCAUGAUCUGCUGCAUAUGACACCAUUGGUAUCCCUGUGGGAAUGAACAGAGUCCCCUGUCUUCCGUCAUGAGUCACAGAAGGCCAGGCCUUGGGACUUAUGCAUUCAAAUACCACUAAGUGUACCAUAGUAUAAUAACGCUUUAUAGUGUAUGAAACACAUGUUAUUAUAGAUCAUAAGGAGAACCAGUUUCGUGCUAUAUAAAGCGUUUAUAAACGGUUUACCAUGGUCCAUUUACAUUUUGUAGUAUCUGAAUGCUUACACAAAGCAACGUUUCCAUAGCUAACCCAUGUUUUUACAAUACUUUACCAUACUCAUUUUAUCCUAGAAAAGGUGAUUAAUUAAUUUAAAUCUACUACAGUCGACAUGUUUAGGAAAGAUGUAUUAAAAAAAGGUGACAAAACUUAAGCUAAUGUGGGUUUUACGCGCGGGAAACCAGUUGGUUUGAAUUUCAUAGCCGCUCUAGCGGUAUUGUACAGUCAGUGGUGUGUUUACAUCCGCCCACAAGGGGAGCAGCCUACUAUAGCACUAUUAAAUAGUUUAUCUCUUAUAUGCUUGUUAUUAUAUUAGCACUUUGGAUGUGAAUGUGCUUGCGGAAAUUCAACACAGUAAAUGGUAAAAUAAAUACAUCAAAAAUACAGGAAGUGCUUCAGGAAGUGCCAGCUAGUAGUGGACUUUGCAAUAUUAUACCCCCCUCCUUUUUGAAUAUGCAUGUCAAAGGGAGUAGCAUUCAGAAAACGUUAACUUGAGUGUCUCAGAGUUGCAGAAUGAAAACACACGGACGGGACUGUCUUUACGAAAUAAAUGCAUCGAUAAUGGCAACGGGACAGGGAGAAAGCGUCAGCUGAGGUUUGGAUACAUUUGACUUGACAGUGAAAAUGGACAGUGGAAAUAGUUGUGAUUACUCGUGGGUGGACUUGGUGUUCACGGUUCUUGGCGUUUGCACCUUUUUGUUCGACCUGGGAGCAGAUUUGUGGGUAGCUGCGGAGUUUUACUUGUAUGGAGACUAUUUCUGGUUCGGCAUAGUCCUCUCUUUUGUGUUUGUAUCCUCUGCUCUGUUGCAGAUGUUUAGUUGGUUCUGGUAUAAAUACGACACAAAGCUGGAAAACUUCAACCCCCAGACAACAACAGAAACGUUACUGUUGGCUAAUAACGAUAACGGCGGGCGCUGUGAUAGACUGAAGCUAGUACACGUCUUCCAGCUGGGAUUUCUUCUUAGGUAUGUUACCGCCAUAGAGCAGGGGUUCCAUGUUUGGUGGAAGAAGAGAAACGAACCCGGACAUGCCAUUUACCUGACCCACGACCUGAGCAUGCUGCGACUGUUUGAGGCUUUCUCUGAAAGCACUCCUCAGCUCACCCUCAUGCUGUAUAUCAUCAUCCACAACAACAAGGCAGAGACCUUCCAGUGUGUCAGCAUUGCUGCCUGCUUCAUUUCUAUUGCCUGGAUGGUCCUGGAAUACCACCGCUCGCUGCGUGCCUUCCUGCCAGAGAAAAACAAACUGGGCUACAGCUCCUCCGUCGUCUACUUCCUGUGGAACCUGCUGCUGAUCGCUCCGCGUGUGGGCGCUGUGGCCCUCUUCACCUCCAUCUUCCCCCCGUACAUCGGACUGCACUUCCUGCUGCUGUGGGCAGCCCUGCUCCUCUGGGCCUGGGCCCAGCACACUGACUUCAUGGAAAGCGGUCCGGGAGAGUGGCUCUAUCGCACCAUGGUGGCCCUCAUCUGGUACUUCAGCUGGUUCAACGUGGCAGAGGGCGGGACAAUGGGGAGGAGCCUCAUCUAUCACACCUUCAUGGCAGCGGACAGCGGCAUUCUCCUGGGGACGUGGUACUGGUACAGGGACCCCCUUGUGACAGACCACUACGUGCUGCCUCUGCUCCUAGCUCUGCUCGCCUCCUACCUGUUGGGGUUACUGCUCAAAGUCACAUACUACAAGCUCUUCCAUCCUAAAAUCUGGCAGCCCGUCUUUCGGGCCGGGGAGGAUGUACCUGACAAUCUAGUUUACAGGUCCCUUUCUCCAACGGACGCCCUGCCCAGUGUGAUAAACAAAAGAAUGGGGGCUCUUGCCAAUAGCUUUUAUUUUUCAUCCUCAAUGCCAGCUGGUGGUAAAACAAAUGGGAAUGAAAGAAAUGCCACCCUGUAAUGGCAGGUUGGGGUAUCACAGCAUUACACUAAUGGUGUAGUGAUCACAACAUAAGUGAAUCUGGAUUGGAUUUGUGUGGCUUAAGGGUAGCUGUAUUAAACUACAUUUAGCCUUGGACGCUGCUGUUACUAUUAUGAAAACUACUGCUGAUCUUAAAAUUAUUCAGAUGUUUUUGUUUCCAGAGAUUUAUUGUGUUACACUAUAGUCCACAGUACUGUUUGGAAUUUAGUUUUAAAAUGCCCCAGACGGUCUAAAACAAUUCUUCAUAAAAUAUUUAUUAUAGGGUAUAUAUAAAUUAUACAACAAUGUGAUGGUCCAGCUAUAUUUAUAGAGAAUUCUUAAUUAAAAAAAGAAGAAAAAAAUUUGGUCUUGAUCCAUUACUACUGUCCUGGCAAAACCCUCCCCUCCCCCCGGAAAAAUCGAUAAAGGGGAAGGGCGCGCUGGUGGAUAAAUCACAACGGGAACGGAGAGAGUGGGAGGAAGAACAGGAAGCAGGAGGUGCAUGCUGGGAAAUAGAAAAGGGUUAGGGAGCCAGAAAGGUCAAACAAAGGAAGGAUUGACUCAGUGCCCUUCAGAGCAAUGGCCAUGCCUUGAACAGCGUGGUUUGCUGUACAGUUGAACACAUGUUUCGGAUUUGAAGUUGCCUGCUAAUUAACUCUGUAAGCUUGCUUCGCUAGGACAGUUGUGAAAGCACUUUGAAAGAAGGUCUGUCAUGGUUAUCAAACACUCGAGUCUGUUAUGACAAACACUUGAAGGUUUCAUGCAUGUAUAAAUUAACUGAACAGUUAAAAGAAAUACGUUUCUUUACAUUGACUAUUUAACAGGAACGAAGAAGAUAAUAUUCACUUGUAAACAUAGUGUCUUACUGAAAAAUUUCAGCAAAUUCAUAAUUGGGGUUCCCUGAAGCUUCCUGGUAAAAAUGGUCAAAAUCUGAACUUCUCAAAAAGUUUAAUGUUAUUACACACACAGGUGUGAAACACACACAUACAGUAUUUAUUGAUGGACCUUUUCUUGAAUGUUUUGUGUGUUAUAACUGUUGUAUUUAAAGAUGUGCUAGAUUUUGAAACACAUUUUAAUAAUGCUAAACGUAAAUGGCCUAUAUAGCUUUUGUACUUGACGUGUCACAGUGCAGUGUUAAUAAAACAUACACUUUUUACUUUGCA